AUGGAAGUAGAAAAUAAUCAUUCAAAUCCUGGAAAUGAUCCGAAUCCUCCUCUGAAGAAGAAGAGAUCCCCUUAUAGACUGUUAGUUGAUGAUGCAGUGAGUGAAGACCAAAAUGACAACUCUACGAUUGGAUUAAAUGCAGACAAAAUUGCAGAGUUGGGUUUGUUCAAGGGAGACGUGGUGUCCAUUCGCGGAAAGCGUGGAAAAUCGACAGUUGCUGUUGUGGUUGAAGUGGAUUGCGACUUUGGCUGUAUCCUUAUGAACAAGGUCAUUCGAAAGAAUCUGGCCGUUCGUCUGGGAGAUUUAGUCACAGUCAAAGCGAUUGACAACCUGCCAAACGGUGAGAAGAUCAGCGUUCUUCCUUUUGAUGAUACGUUAGAAGGAGUUACUGGAAACCUCUUCGAAGUAUAUCUGAAGCCCUACUUUGUGGAUUCCUACCGUCCUAUCAAGCUGGGCGAUACUUUUAUUGUUCGUGAGGCAAUGCACCCCGUGGAGUUCAAAGUGGUGGACAUGGAGCCUGGAACCGAGUGCGUGGUGUGUCCGGAAACGGAGAUCUACUGCGAUGGCGAGCCUCUCAAGCGUGAGGACGAAGAGCGUCUAGACGACGUCGGCUACGACGAUGUCGGCGGAUGCCGUCGUCAGAUGGAGCAGAUCCGAGAGAUGAUCGAGCUGCCGCUGCGUCACCCGCAGCUUUUCAAGACGCUGGGCGUGAAGCCUCCGCGUGGCGUGCUUCUCUACGGUCCUCCGGGCUCUGGCAAGACGCUGCUGGCGCGUGCCGUGGCGAACGAGACGGGCGCGUUCUUCUUCCUGAUCAACGGCCCCGAGAUCAUGUCGAAGAUGGCCGGCGAGAGCGAGAGCAAUCUGCGCAAGGCGUUCGAAGAAGCCGAGAAGAACGCGCCGUCGAUCAUCUUCAUCGACGAGAUCGACUCGAUCGCGCCGAAGCGAGAGAAGAUCAACGGAGAGGUGGAGAAGCGCGUGGUCUCGCAGCUGCUCACGCUGAUGGACGGAAUCAAGCAGCGAUCGAACGUCGUGGUGAUCGGAGCCACCAAUCGGCCCAACGUGAUCGACCCCGCGCUGCGUCGAUUCGGUCGAUUCGACCGGGAGAUCGAUAUUGGCGUGCCCGACGAGGCCGGCCGUCUCGAGAUUCUCCGCAUCCACUCGAAGAACAUGAAGCUGGACGCCUCGGUGGACCCGGAGGCCAUCGCGAAGGAGACGCACGGCUUUGUGGGCGCGGAUAUCGCCGCGCUGUGCACGGAAGCGGCGAUGCAGUGCAUUCGCGAGAAGAUGGACUACAUCGACAUGGACGACGACUCGAUCGACGCGGAGGUCCUCGCCUCGCUCAGCGUCACGCAGGACCACUUCCGCUACGCGCUGGGCAAGGCGAACCCCGCCUCGCUGCGCGAGACGGUCGUGGAGGUCCCGACGACCACGUGGGAGGACAUCGGCGGUCUGGAGGAGGUCAAGCAGGAGCUCAAGGAGAUGGUGCAGUACCCCGUGGAGUACCCCGAGAUGUUCGAGAAGUACGGCAUGGACCCCACGCGCGGCGUGCUGUUCUACGGCCCUCCUGGCUGCGGAAAGACGCUGAUGGCGAAGGCGGUCGCCAACGAGUGCCAGUCGAACUUCAUCUCGAUCAAGGGCCCCGAGCUGCUCACGAUGUGGUUCGGAGAAUCCGAGGCCAACGUGCGCGACGUGUUCGAGAAGGCGCGCAGCGCGGCGCCGUGCAUUCUCUUCUUCGAUGAGCUGGACUCGAUCGCGCGCUCGCGCGCGCAGAGCGUGGGCGACAGCGGCGCGGGCGACCGCGUGAUGAACCAGCUGCUCACGGAGAUGGACGGCAUGCAGUCCAAGAAGUCGGUGUUCAUUAUCGGAGCCACCAACCGCCCCGACAUCAUCGACACCGCGCUGAUGCGUCCGGGCCGUCUGGACCAGCUCAUCUUCAUCCCGAUGCCCGACUUCGCGAGCCGUGUGUCCAUUCUCAAGGCCUCGCUGCGGAAGUCCCCGAUCGCUCCGGACGUGGAUCUGAACGUGAUCGCGCAGGCGACGGACAAGUACAGCGGAGCCGAUCUCGCGGAGAUCUGCCAGCGAGCGGUCAAGUACGCGAUUCGCGACCGCAUUGAGCUGACGGUGCAGCGGCAGAUGGCGCGCGAGAAGAUGCUGGAGAGCGGCCUGACGGAGGAUCAGAUCCCCGAGGAGGAUCCUGUGCCGUAUGUGACGCGCAAGCACUUUGAGAUGGCCGUACGCGAGUCUCGUCGUUCUGUUUCGGAUGCUGAUUUGCUCAAGUACGAGUCGUUCUCGCAGAAGAUGAAGCAGCAGCGCGGAAACAUGGGAAGCGGAGUGGCGAACUUCUCGUUCGGCGACGCGCAGAACAUUAACGCGCCCGCGGACGAUCUGGACGGACUGUAUGACGAUGUGCCUGCGCGCAACCCUGUCCAUCCGCCCAACAAUCGCGCUGCGACUUCGCAGGGCCAGACCCAGCCUCAGCCUCCCGCACCGGAGAGCGGACGAGGAGAUGAGGACUUUGAAGAUUUAUAUGAUUAA